AUGAAGCUGGCCAUUGCUUUGAGUCUUCUUUUCAGUGUCUUUUCAUUGGUGAAUGGAGAUGGAACCACUAAGCAAUAUGUGGUCUAUAUGGGCGAGCAUUCACAUCCAAAUUCCGAUGCAGUCAUAUCAGCCAACCAUGAGGCUCUCGCUUCUGUUAUGGGCAGCAUGAAUGGAGCCCAACAAGCGAUUGUUCAUCACUAUAGUAAGAGCUUUAGAGGCUUCUCAGCCAUGCUCACUCCAGAUCACGCUCGUCGACUUGCAGAAAGGAAAGAAGUUAUUUCGGUCUUUGAAAGCAAAACAAACCGUUUGCACACCACACAUUCGUGGGAUUUUUUAGGCCUGGAUUCGAUUAGCCAAUACCCAAUGGCCAAGAUCAACGCAGAAUCAGACGUGAUCAUCGGCUCCAUCGAUAGUGGAGUUUGGCCGGAGUCAGAGAGCUUCUGUGAUGAAGGGCUAGGACCUGUACCUAAGAGAUUCAAAGGAGAAUGUGUCACUGGAGAGAAUUUUACCUUGGCCAAUUGCAACAAGAAAAUCAUCGGUGCACGCUACUACUCCGAAGGAUUCGAGGCCGAGAAUGGCCCACUUGAAUUAUUCGGUGGCACGUUCUUCCGCUCUGCACGUGACUCUGAUGGCCACGGCACCCACACUGCAUCUACAGCCGCGGGCUCCACCGUGGCUCGUGCUAGCUUACUAGGCCUAGCCACUGGGAUUGCACGAGGUGGUGCACCAGGUGCACGGCUCGCAAUCUAUAAGGCUUGUUGGUUCAACCUAUGUAAUGAUGCUGACCUUCUAUCAGCAUUUGAUGACGCCAUCAGCGAUGGUGUUGAUAUCAUAUCUAUCUCCGAGGGACCGUUACCGCCUCAGCCCAGCUUCUUCGAAGACACGAACUCGAUUGGAAGCUUCCUUGCUUUCAAGAAGGGAAUUCUCACAUCAGCUUCAGUUGGGAAUUCUGGGCUUCCCAGCACUGCGACCAACGUCGCACCUUGGAUCCUCACCGUUGCUGCUAGCUCAGUGGACCGUCGGUUCGACUCCGACGUCACUUUGGGAAAUUUGAAAACCUUAAAGGGCCAAUCAGUGAAUCCAUUGAAAAUGAACGGUUUCUCCGGCGUGAUACCGGCGAGCAUUGCGGCCGCCACCGGCAUCCCAUCUCAAAAUGCAAGCUUCUGCCAAAGAGAUUCAUUGAAUCCUACAUUGAUCAACAGUAAGAUCGUGGUUUGCCUGAUCGAAUCCGUUACAGACAAUCGGACGGAUAAAAGCGUCGUCGUAAAUGACGGGGGCGGGGUCGGGAUGAUCUUGAUUGAUCCAAUUGCCAAAGAUGUUGGCUUCCAGUUCGUAAUCCCGGCCGCCUUGAUUGGGCUUGAAGAAGCUCAAGAACUUCAAGCAUACUUAGCUACUGAGAAGAAUCCAACGGCCACGAUCUCCCGAUCACAGACAAUUCUACAUGUUAAGCCCGCCCCUGAGAUGGCUGUGUUUUCUUCGAUGGGACCCAACAUUAUCACUCCGGAUAUUAUCAAACCCGAUAUAACGGCCCCCGGACUGAAUAUAUUGGCCGCAUGGUCGCCGGUAGCGUUGGAUACUGCAGGCGGGCGGUCUGUCAACUAUAACAUUAUUUCAGGCUCCUCCAUGUCUUCCCCACACAUAACUGGUGUGGCUGCGAUCAUAAAAUCUUGCCAUCCAUAUUGGAGCCCGGCCGCAAUAAAAUCAGCACUAAUGACCACAGCUACCUUGAUAGAUAACACUGGAAACACCAUAGUUAGACAGCCGAAUGGCGCCCCGACCACGCCUUUUGACUACGGAUCCGGCCACAUGAACCCGAUUGCGGCGCUGAAUCCAGGCCUGGUCUAUGAUUACGAUGUGGACGACAUGAUUGAUUUUCUAUGUAGCAAUGGUGCGAACCCCGCGCAGCUUCGGAAUAUCACCGGGGAGGCUAUCGCCUGUAAGAAGAUGUCAAUGCCAUCCUACAAUCUCAACUAUCCUUCAAUCGGCAUCGGUAGCAUGAAUGGGAGCGUAUCUGUGUAUCGGACGGUCACUAACUACGGUAGCGGUCGAUCAGUCUACGUGCCCAAGAUAGAGAAUCCGACUGGCGUGAAGGUUGCGGUCGUGCCAUAUAAGCUUAAGUUUAAUAAAACAGGAGAAAAGCUUACUUAUAGGGUUGAUUUUGUGCCAUAUAAGGAUAGUAAUGGGAGCUUUGUGUUUGGGGCCAUAACAUGGAGUGAUGGUAGACAUGUGGUUAGAAGUCCCAUUGCUCUUAAUGUAGUUUCAGUGUAAGAGAAUUAAGGAGA